GUUCCUCACAUGCAGGCCAUGCUGCACAUUCUUUCAUGGGGCCACCUCCUCAAAUGGUGCCACCUCCAGGCUUCGGCAUGCGACUACCAAUGCCUCCGGGACUUCCAUCUGGAAUGCCGUCGGGAAUGCCUGGACAAAUGUUUGGUAUGCCACAAGGAGGCCCAAGCGGAAUGGUAAUGCCUCCGCCAGUGCAUCCACCCGGAAGUAUGCCAAAUCCAUCUUCGAUGCCAUCACAACCACCGAUGCAGCCGCCUACAUCAAUGCCACCACCAGUACCUGGUGUUUCUGGAUUACCUAGAGCAGGAGGUCCUGCCUUACCAUCAGGAGGAGGUGGACCGCCCGGUGUUCCUCCGCCUAACUUUGGUUCACCUCCAAUGAGGGGAGGAUUUGGAGGACCCGGACUUGGCGGAUUCAGGGGAGGUCGUGGAGGUGGGUUUGGAGGAAGAGGAGGUGGAGGAUUUCACGGAGAUCGGCCGUUUAACAGAGAUGCGCUAAACCCAAAUGUACCACCGACAAGAGGAAUUAACGAUGAAAGGCAUGACAUAGAGAGGGAUGGAAGGAGGCCAUGGGUUGACAGAAGCCGUGGAGGUUACAGAGACGAUUCCCGCGGGCAGUGGAAUAACGACGGAAGAGGUGGAAGAGAAAGAGAUUUUGAUAGAGAUAGACGACGUGAAGAUAAUCGAGGUGAGAAGAGAAGGAGUCGAUGGGGAGACACGGAUGAUCAUGGAGCCGGUCGUUGGGAAGGGAGAGACAGGCGUAGAAGCGAAAGAGACGAUAGGGAUCGAGAUCGCCGUGAUAGGGACCGGGAUCGCGACAGGGACAGGGAUAGAGAUAGGGACAGUGAUCGAAGAAGGGAUCGAGACAGAUCAGACAGAAGCGACAGAGGUCGACGAGAGAGAGAUGAACGCGAUCGGCAUAAG